AUGAAAAUACAAUACAUGAUAAUAAUAUAUUUUAUCAUAUUGAUCUGCGACAAUUUCUUAAAUGUAAAUGCUAUACGAAAAAAGAGUUUAAGGAGCCAUAUUAAUAAAGUGCACAAUCACCAUGAAAGCAUACAAGGGAAUACUUUAUCCAACUUUGAAAUUGUGAAGGAAAAAAAUAAUGUAUCAAAUAUAGAAUUAAACUCCUCUAAAUUUUUUGAUAUUUUAGCGUCUACGAGCUUAAUGAGAAAUUCUGGUGGUGCAAUGUCACAAGGUCCCGUUUACAGAGUAGUUCAGAAUAUUCAUGAUAAUAAUGAAAAUAUUGGAGCAAGUUUAGUUUUUGUCAUAUUUUUAUUAUUAGUCGUAUUUAUCUUAUUUUUUAUUUUUUAUUUCAUUUUCAAAAAUCAUGUAAAACACGUGAAAUAUAUGAACAGUUAA